GCGGCUCUCGGGAGGAACCUGCUCCGGGCAGAGCGUCUGUUCCGCGGGGGCCCUCUCCUCCGAGAGAGAGGGGAAGACGGCGCGGAGGUCUCACAGUGAGAAGCUUUCUGGGUCCCAGAACUCGUGGGGCCACCUGUGGCCCCCGCCUCCCGAGGCUUGGAGGAUGGAGGCUCUUCCCCGGCGCCGCCCGGCUGGAAGGAGCGUCCUUCGGAUUGAGGCCUACGGCUUGUGGUAGCGCGCGGGGCGCAGACCCUGCAUAUUUGGUGCAGCUCUGCUGCAGCUGGAUCUGCUGGGGGCGCGACAGUCUGGGCUGGUGUGGGUCUGACGCUAGCGUGGCGAGAAACAGGACUAUCUUUACGUGUGUCUGAAAGAGGAGGCUUUGUGCACAGGAGUGUGUGACAGGCGUGCACUGGAGCACGCAGAUGUUGUGCCUUGUGGCUCUUCCACGUAGGUAUCACAAUUGUAAUGACGUGUGUAAUUUCCUAAUGUCUAUCUCUGGCAAUAGCCUAAGUGUCGUAAAGGUAGGUGCUGAGCAGGUCCUGUUCACGGCACCUGCCAUAGUGCAGGUCCCUAGCAAAUAUUUUUUUGACUGAAGAAUGAAUUAAUGGAUACCUGUGUGCCCAGUCGUGUGUUAGGUGUUUGGGAAAGAUCCAGGAGUGAAAACCCUUGUGUUCAGGGAGGCUAUAAUACCCACAAUGCCGUUACAAUCAGGAUUUAUUGUCUAUUUUUUGAAAAAUGAAUUAUCAGUACACACCUUGCACAGUACUUGUUGAUUGUAAGGCUGCAGUUUGGCAGAAAAGUGUGGCCUGGCUGGCUGAGCUCUUAGAGGUGGCACUUGAGCUAGGGACGGAGUUGGGGGUGGAAAUUGCGGCGACUCUGGUCUUUUCCAGCCAGGAGACUGACAUCUGUGCAGACAGAGGAAACAGCUGACUGAAAAGGCCUUUCAGUUGUUGCCUCGAAGGUACUGAAACAGAAAUACUGUUGAAACUCACCCUGCUGCUGUGUUGGGAGGCCCAAUGACACCGUAAGGUCUAGUGAAAGGAGCAAGACGUCUGAUUUGUUACCUAUCCAGCUAUGUAACUAUGGGAAGUUACCCUUCCUGAGUCUUAGUUUCUUCAUCUGUAAGAUGAGAGCCAUAUUACCCUUCUCCUUAGUGUUGUGAGGAUUAAAGGUGAAUGUCCAGCACACAGCUUGGGUGCAAAUAGCUAUGGGCAACUUGGCCUUGGACAUAAGGAAGAUGUGCUUUUGCCCCAGCAACUGACUGACUUCUGUAAACCUGCGUGUGUGAGGAAGAUCACAGGAGGAGGGGGACAUUCUACAGUUGUCAUGGAUGGAGGAGGCCUUUUUGUUUGUGGCUUGAACAAAGAUGGGCAGUUGGGACUUGGUCACACGGAGGAUGUUCUGUGUUUUACCCUCUGCAAAUCCCUUGGUGGCUGUCCCAUCCAGCAGGUAGCCUGUGGCUGGGAUUUUACCAUUAUACUCACAGAAAAUGGUCAAGUUCUGUCUUGUGGAUCUAACUCCUUUGGCCAGUUAGGUGUUCCUCAUGGGCCUCAAAGAUGUGUGAUUCCCCAGGCCAUCGAGCUCCUGACAGAGAAGGUUGUUUGUGUUGCCGCUGGACUGAGGCAUGCAUUAGCUGCUACAGUGAGUGGCAUUGUGUUCCAGUGGGGGACUGGUUUGGCGUCAUCUGGACGACGGUUAUGUCCUGGGCAGACACUCCCAUUGUUUUUGACAGCAAGGGAACCAAGCAGAGUGACAGGUCUAAAGAAUUAUAAAGCCAUAUGUGUUCUUGCUGGCUCGGCCCACUCGGCUGCAUUAACAGAUGCAGGAGAGCUGUAUGUUUGGGGCAGUAACAAGCAUGGGCAACUGGCUACCCAGGCGGCUUUCCUUCCUGUGCCCCAGAAAAUAGAAGCACAUUGUUUUCAGAGUGAAAAGGUCACUGCUGCCUGGAGUGGGUGGACCCACCUGGUUGCUCAAACAGGAACUGGCAAGGUGUUUACUUGGGGCCGAGCAGACUAUGGUCAACUAGGGAGGAAGCUGGAGACUCAAGAAGGCUGGAAACUAGAAAAACAGGAUUCAUUGAGACCACAGAACAGCACACCUUCUUCUCUGUACUGCCUGAUGGGAGCCACGGAGAUCUCUUGUGGCUCAGAGCAUAAUUUGGCAGUAAUUGGUGGGGCGUGUUAUUCCUGGGGCUGGAACGAGCAUGGCAUGUGCGGGGAUGGCACGGAAGCCAAUGUCUGGGCCCCGAAGCCUGUGCAAGUCCUGCAGUCGGCGCCAGGACUCCUCGUGGGCUGUGGGGCCGGCCACUCCCUAGCCGUCUGUCAGCUGCCAGCACAACCUGAUCCUGGCAAGGAUCUCAACGUCGCACACCCUCCCUCAAAUGCCACUGAGGACAUCAACUCUGAAGAAGCAUUGGACAAAGAGAAAUUGGAAGGAAAGACAAAUUUCAACCCAAACCUAACCUGAGAAAUCCAAAAGUGAGGGACUGUGCUACAGAAGCUUUAAUAAAGUAGUUUUCUCUUGAGUCUUGCUGUAUUGGGCUGUGAGGUUGGCCUGAGCCAACAAACCAGAGCCAUGGACAACUGCUUGCCCUGUAUCUAGGUUCAAGGAGACAUCCUUUCUAUUCAGCAGGUGAGAACCAUGGGUUAGGUCCGUACCAAAGAACAUGGAAAACUAAAACUACAGCAGGAAGGCUCCAGCCUUCCCAGACUGGUGAGACAGAAAACCCAGCUCUAGCCCCAUGGUUGUUUCAUUUCAGCAGCCUUUGGUUUGCAAAAUAGAGGGUUUAGCAUCCCCAAGCCUAUCCUGAGGUUUGUUCCCAGGACCCAGAGCAAGCAGCUUGCCUGUUCAGGGCUAUUGAGCUACUCUGCCUGGAAACUUGAAAAGGACAGAAGGGAGGCAGGAAGACCCUUGGUGACUAGGCCCACAAGAGAAGGCUCUGGAGGUGAGGUGUGAGGGAGUGAAAUGAAUAAGUGGAGGAAAACAAGACUUCUAGGAAGAGAUCCCUGGAUCAGACAAAGGAGUUUAGAGCCAGUCAAGCUCUUCAGAAGACUUAAGUCUUCAUCUAAGCCAUACAGGAUGCUGGAGCCAGCCUGUGUAACCACAGAGGCCAGGCAGUACAGUUUCUGAGUUUGGGUCUGUGAUAGCUAGGCGCCAGUGGCUUUAAGAAGUUCCAGAAUCCACAGACGUCCAAGCUGAGAGACCUCUCAUCUAUAUCUAGUCUAGAGACUUUCCUGCAUUCUUCAGAGCCCUGGAGUCUACUGAGGAUCAGUAGCCUUUCUGUGGACUGUGGAGAAAGGAGGAUAAGUAGACAAAGGACUGGAUUGCCCAACUCCACUUUAUUCAAGCAGCUUCAGUUAUAUCCAUAUUUUAUAUAUUGGGCUUAUCAAAUGGACAAGGAGGUCCUUGAGAAAGUUUUGAGGAUUACUGAUCCUUUUCAUUGUUCAUGUGAAGGGGCUAUUUCAAGGGCAUAUAACUCAUUUUUGGUCCAGGGCCAUGACUAAAAGUGACCCAGCAUGGCCCCUAAGCUAGAUGAUGGUGGGGUAAGAGUAACCCUGGUGCUAGAAGGGGAUUCAGCUUAAGAGAAUCUGGAAAAGGACAAUUCUGAGUUCCCCAGGUCUGAACCUAGAGAACAUUCACAACCAUAGGCAGUCCUUGAACACCAGUGCAUGGAGUCCCACUCCCAGUACUGCAUCCUAGAAAUAUGGUGGCCAUAACCAGCAAAGACCUCAGUUCCCCACCUCCAAGAACCAACAGGAGCCAGUGCAACCUCUGUAAUGAGAGCUAGUCUUGCCAAAGUGACCAGGCCCAUUGAGAUAGAACACUUGGAUAGCCCAGAGAUGAUUCAUCUUGGAGCAAGCCCAAGGUUACUGACUUCCACCCACUCUCCUGUGUUCUGCACCCAACAGGCCAGAAAGCAAUCCUAAUGCGAUAGUAUGGGAGGUAUGGGAGGCCAGCACAAUCUCUCCCACAAGAUUGCAGUGCAGAGCUCCCUCCUACCUCUUCCAGCGCCUGCUGGAAGAACCCAAAAUUCCCAAUUUCUCUGAUGCUGAAUCCUAAUUCUUCUUCCAAGACCACCUAUAGGCAUCAGAAAGAAGGACUCCUUUCCAUCCUGAAACAGGAUCAGGUGGUGCAUCAGCCCUAAGCCCUUUGAUCUAGAACCUCCUUCUCUUGGAACUGAAUCAGAUCCUUCUUGAAUCAGCAGAACACAGAUGGUCCACACGUGGAAGAAUGAAUGUCUCUGGGCAGUAGGAGACCCCAUAGGCCACUCCAUCACCUCCGGGUCUUCUAUCCCACCCUCUUGACAGAAGCAUCAGCAGAAAGGCUUCCCCAGCUCACCUCACUAGCUGGCUCUGAUGAGUGUCUGGAGGUGCUUGCCGCAUGAUGAGUGAGGAGUAUUGACAAGUGUCUCCUAGGGUAUUGGGUCAUUCCUAGUUGUUGUAAAUAUCCAAGCCCCCAUUCCUAAUAGACCAUGAUCUCUUUGAGACACAGGACCAAGGUCUCUGACAAUUCUAGAAUUCUUCACCAAGGAUUACUCCUGGUACAAAAGUGACCAAUAAAAGUAAAUGAAUGAAUUCAUCUGUAUACCUAUAGGGUCACCAUGAAGUGGACAGGUUAAAUCAGUGGCCUCUGUGACACUCUCAUCCUUAGCCCGCUUCUGUUUUAUCCCACUUACCAAUGUUUGAGAGCUAUGCUAUGGAUAUCAUAGCCAUUUCACAGUCAGUGGCACUGUCAUCCACCUGGUUAGCUAAAGGACUAUAGGAGCUAACUUGAUAAAUUUUUUUAUGAUCAACUAAGUAAAUUAACCUUCAUAUUUCUCUUGCAUGAGAAGGGAGAGUGGGAAGAGAGGAACAGCUUUCAAUGUGUGCUCGUAGGCCUGUGGCUUGGCUCUUGGGGUGAUUGUUAAAGGACCAGCAUGUCCUGGAUGUUACUGAGAUGUUUCCAUCUCGCCUACCACACUUACUCUCCCCUUGCUGACACAGGUACCCCAUCUGCCCUUCACACUCCCUACCUUUGGCCCAGUGAGUCGAGGGCCUUCUGAACUAGCUUAGAUGAGAUGGUGCAUAGGAAUCCAGGCCCGUGGCCCAGGCCAAACUCUUCUCAUCAUGUCGAAGGCAUCCUCCACUUAUGAGUGAAGCGACUUGGUGAUCAAGUGAAAUAGGGUUAGCAAUUGAAGUUAGUGGAGAAGUGGAGAGGGUGUUGGAGGGAAAGUGUUCUAGGUCCAGAGCACAAGGGAGAUGGGCAUGAGGAGAGCAGAGGUUAGAGAGGCAUCCUUGCAAGCCAGCUGAGGGACCUUACAUUCCAUUCUUAGGGUGAAGGGGCAUUUAAGCAGAAGAAAGAGAUGGGCCAGCUGUGUGGGGUGGGAGGGAAGUUGACGCAGGAUGUCAAGUGUCCCCUUUUGUCAUACCCAUGGUACCUCAUGAAAGUGGGAACGAAGCCAAGUCCAGAGGGAACUGGGACUUAGGACCAGCCACUCUAGUAUUCCUGUCAGUCCUGCCAGGAAACCCUCAACUGCUGUGAGACAGCUUAACCUGAGCUCUGGAGUCUAAGACUACCUGAGUUAAAGUCUUCACUUCAUCAUUCCUUGGCUAUGUGGCUUUGGGCCAGUUACAGUAUUUUACGUCACUGAACCUGUUUUCUUUCCUCUAACAUGGGGCUACUGAAUUGUUGUGAGGUAUCAUUAGAUACCCCCCACUUAGUAGAAGCUCACUGUAUGUUAAUUCCCUUUGCCCAUUAACUCCCAUGUCCCUGAAAACCAGAUGCCAGAUGGCUUUGUGUUGUUCACCAGAGGCUCUUCUUUGCCAGUACAUCCCUGGGUAGCAUAAACAUUGCCAUCCCUGCAGCAGCCAAGGCUGCUUAGCUUGCAUAUCCUUAGACUCAGGAAUGGUUGUUACAGCCUGGAAGCCGUAUAAUCCUGGGCAGAAGCUCCACCAACUCUAAUCCCUUGGUCCUUGGACUUCACAGGACAGGAAGUUAAGGCAGAUUCUUAGAGGGAAUGAAAAACUGGUAGAUGAAGAUUCAGCACCCACAUUAAGCCUCCCACCCACCCAUAGGAUCAUUGACUCAGGCCAUGCUGGGAGGUAUGAGGGAACUGAAAUCAGAAGGAAAUUGAUGCCCGCUUGCUUUUGACACCCUGGGCAGAUCACUCUCCUUCCUGGCCUCAUUUCCUCAUCUAUCAAAUGGUGAGGUUGAUUACCCCGACCUUCAGGUAUUCUUUCUGCCUGAAUAUUCCUGAAACUUCUGAUGGAUAAGAAAAGGGUUGGCUCAUCCACUCUACCCCUUCACCAAAACCAAGUGAACAACUUGAGCAAAUCAAAUCCCUAGGACAGGACUGUAGUAAGAUGCCUCCAGGCUGAGAGAGAUAUUUGGUGAGGUGGUCUUCCAGGCUGGACCUGCAAGAGUACAGCUGGCUGGGGGACUCAGAACUAGCAGGUAGACCUCUGCCUCUGGCUCCAUCAGAUUCACCAGUGGCCCUAGCAGGGAGGUGACCAUGGUCUGCACAGGGGACUAGAUGCUCUGACAUAGCUGGCCAGAUUCAGAGAUGCAUCAAUAUGGCCUGGUGCACAGAGAAAUGUCCACUUCAAGUGGGCCCCAGAGAAUAUGCUGGUGUCAUAUCGGGUCUUUCGACACCCUGUGCCUUCUGAGAGCUGCCUCCAUCCCCUAGUCCAACAGGACAUGCGAUCAAGGGGUCAUCGUGCCCAACAAGCCUGGAGCGGCCAGCUUCCUCCUUAGGGCCUGGCU